AUGGCCGAGGGUGCAGCCAAGAGAAGCGCCUCCACCCAAGCCAUAUCUCCACCACCGUUGCGCCGCAAGGUUGACUCGACAGUAACUAAGAAAUCAGCGGCCAACUUCUUCACUCCGGCCUCGCAAAAGAAGCCCGAGCCCAUCACAUGGCGUGUCAUAGGCACAAGUGUCAUCAUCGGGAAGCAGAUAACGGGCAAGGCAGGCCCUUACACAGAGAAGCAGCGCAGAAUUGCAGGAUUUGAUCUGGAUUCAACUUUGAUCAAAACUAAAUCGGGCAAUGUCUUUCCCAAGUCUGCCACUGAUUGGCAAUGGUGGAACGCCAAAGUUCCGGGACGACUAAAGGAGCUCAAUGCUGAAGGCUUCCAAGUUGUAAUCUUCUCCAACCAAAAGAAGAUCAGUGUCCAAAAGGAUAUCAAGGGUGGACGGAGCGACUCGAAAAGUCUGUCGAACUUCAAAGAAAAGAUGACUGCUGUCAUGACGGAACUGGAUUUCCCUGUCAGCGUUUACGCAGCCACCACAGACCCUGAAUGUAGGAAACCCCGUAUCGGGAUGUGGCGCGAGUUCCUGGACGACUAUGAUCUCGAUGUUGCGGGUGUUGACUUGCCUGCGUCGGUUUUCGUCGGUGAUGCGGCUGGAAGGCCGGGUGAUCAUUCAGCUGUGGAUCGGGGACUUGCUACCAACAUCGGUAUGCCAUUCAAGACCCCCGAGGAGUUUUUCCUCGGGCAGAUCACAGAGCCGGCGACGAUGGGCUUUGACCCUAUGUCCUUCGUAAAGACGGAUCUCGAAGAGCCGGCCAAACCCUUUACUCGCAAGCACCCACUUGAACUUGUUAUCUUCUGUGGCAGCCCAGGUGCCGGGAAGUCCACUUUCUACUGGAAUCACCUGGAACCUCUAGGCUAUGAACGAGUCAACCAAGAUCUUCUCAAGACACGUCCGAAAUGCCUCAAGGUCGCCCGCGAGCACUUGGAAGCCAAGAAGUCCGUGGCAGUCGAUAACACGAACGCCGACCCAGAAACACGAGCUCACUGGACAUCUCUCGCAAAAGAGUUCAAGAUCCCUAUCCGUUGCGUACAAUUCAUCUCCACGCCAGAUCUAUGCAAGCAUAACAACGCCGUCCGAGCAUCCAACAAAGACCUGAACCCCGAAUCCCGAACCUCCCUCCCCGGCAUCGCCUUCGGCGACUUCGGCCGCCGCUUCCGCGCACCAACGCUAGACGAGGGCUUUGACGAUAUCAUCCCGGUUGAGUUCCAGUUCCACGGCAGCGAAGAGGCGAAGGGACUUUGGGGCCAGUAUUGGGUUUGA